ACAGACACGACUAAAAGUAAUACAACACUACAAGCCCUAACAACAAGAUAUAUUUACUUUACUUUUACUAUUUAUAUUUGUGUCGGUGGUUAGAGCGAUGACGGACUUUAGCGUGGUCAAGUUCAACAACUACGAGGAUUAUCUGAGAUCGUUUGCUAUUGUCCAGGACUAUCGCUAUCUGCCAUGUCAUAAGACAGUUCGAACCGUGACGAAGCUGGGAUAUCGCGACAAUGGAAAUGUUUACAAUGAGGAGCAGUUUCUGAUAGCCAAGGAACAAGUGGAAUCUCUGCUGCGUCCGUCCGUAGUCCUGCAUGCAUUUUACAGCCAUUAUUUGAAGGGUGAGGAUCCUGCUCUUGUGGCGCUGGCCGAGCGCGAGGCGCCCAACGUGCAGCAGCAGAUCUCGACCAUAAUAUUCCUGGAGAUACACCAGAAGAGCGGCUUUGCCAUAUCUGGGUAUAUAGACUUCGAGGCAAGUCUGCGGAACUUCAGACUCGACGGACCCAAUGCCGUCAAUUGGCGGGCCAUCUUCCAGGAGAAGAAACUACUACGUCCCCAGCCCUCCGACAUCGUCUUCUAUGACUGGCGCAGCCGAAAGAUCUUCGCGAACGACAAUGAUAACUACACAACCGUCGCCCAUCCAGAGCACGGCCUUCUGUUCAUUCACAAGGGCGAUCACAAGUUCAUUCCGGUGACAAACAAGAGAAACCCAUUCAGUGGCAAUGUCAGGCGCACCAUGAUUAAGUCCAACUUGUACGGAUACAUGACAUUCUACGAUCACACUGUCCGAAAGAAAACUUAGAUGGCUUGAGGCCCAUUUCAAAUAUUAUUCGAGUGCAUUAAAACUAUUCUAGAGGCGAAA